GAUGUUCAUUGAGCAUUUCGUAAAGACUUUGAAGCUGAUGAAUGAUGCGGCGAACAUCGACUCCGAUUGGUCGGAUUUUCCAUCCGAUACUUGAGACUUCGAACCCAUUUGCAUCCGACGAAUCUCGUCCCCUCCCGAUUUUUCGAUACGGUUGAAACGCUCGGCAUCCGCUGGGUCCAGAAACAAUGAAUCAUGUCCUGCCGAUAGCGUGUCGAGCUCACUGCAUCCCGCAGCCUUCCUGGAUCUGCCGCACCAGCGUAGCGUGCUGGCGACAAUAUGCGCUCCCCCCGUCGCACACCUCGAGAUGGCCGUUGAAGGCGCUUCUACCACAGCGGCCAGCAUAUGGGAAUUCGCGAGUGUUUACAUCCUCAAGUUCGAGGUUGAAACGGCGGAAGAAGACGCCGACUGAGCCCGCGGCGAGCCAGAGUCCGCUCGAUGACCCAUCAUUAAUACGACCCCCGGCUUCGACACUGCACGACAUUUUUGGCCCGGAGAUACCUGCGGAAACCGCUUUGAGUGUGGUGAAUAAGCUACAAUUGCGCCGCACCAAUGGGUCGUUGGUCGAAAAGGGCGUCUAUUUCCCAGAGAUACCCGAAGAUGUGGGCCUCCAAGCCUUAGCUUGGCUUCGCGAACAACACCCGAUGGACGAGGAAGCAAACGCGCAGGAAUGGCUUGCUCGCGAGCUAGAGUCCGCGGAGGAUGACCUGGCGAGGCAUCAAGAGGAGGAGCUGACGGAACGGGCGAGGAGUAUGGGUAUCUACAAGCCCGAAGAGGUGGUCGAGGAGGAUCGGAAGGACUUACCUGAAGGGUUGGGGCGGGAGAAGAGCGUCCUGGAAGCGGUACGACAGAGAAAUGAAGAAAGGUGGGAGAAGGAGCAGGAAGAAAAGAGGUUGCGAGAGGAGGAAGAGAAUCGGAAGGCUCUGGAGCAGGGGAAGAGCACGUCUUUGGCGGAACAUGGUGGUCAGCAGCUCACGUUUUGGGAGGCUGUAAAAAAGGCGAACCCUGAGAAGGACGCCAAGAAGCAGAAAUACUACGAGGAGGCGAUUCUCACCAAAGACACCGCAGCCCCCAAUCAAUCAAGAACACGAAGAUUGCUCAGUAGCACAGUCCUCGCGGCUCUCAUCACCGGUGGAAGCGUUGCAUUCGCCUACUACUACGAGCCCGCCCCUCAAUCCGAACGUCUCUUUCCCGAAACUCCUCCCAGCGCUGCGACGCUAUUACCUAUCAUCGGUCUCAACGUCCUCGUAUUCGUUGCGUGGAGACGUCCCGAACUCUGGCGGCUCCUAAACAAAUAUUUUGUGGAAGUGCCCGGGGCUCCGCGGGCCGCGAGCGUGAUCUUGAGCGUGUUCUCGCAUCAGCGUUUCUUCCAUCUUGCCGGCAAUAUGUUUAUUUUGUGGCAUUUUGGCACCCAAUUACACGACGCAACCAAUCGCGGCUUCGUCCUCCCUCUCUUCCUCUCUGCGGGCGUCCUCUCCUCCCUUGGAUCUCUGUACUACUAUUCAUUACGCUCGCGGUUUAACGUGUUCAGCAUGGGAGCUUCUGGCGCGGUUUUUGCCUUCCUCGCCGCAUUCCACAUGCUCGACCCUUACGCACCUUUCCAGGUGUCCUUGGAGGGUUUGUUUUUCAAGGAGCCGGGAGUAUAUCCUGCCUGGGGAUUACUUGCGACAAUUGUCGCGGCCGAUCAGGUCAUGGGCUUCUUCGUGAAGUCUAUGAAUACGACGGCACAUCUUGGUGGUGUGAUCGUUGGUAUAGUGGGGGUUUGGGUCUGGAAAGAUCUCUGGGGGAAGAAGAUAAGCGGACACGAGGAGAGGAGAGCUCAGAGGAUGCGAAAUGCGUCAUCUUGAGGGCAGUUGAUCUAAAGCUCUGGAAAUGAGACACCGGGAAGGGCAGUGCUCGCACCCCAAAGAAAGAACAGAAUAACAAUCCAUGGUUUAUAGAAUGAGAC